AUGAAUGUAGCAGCCAAGUACCGCAUGGCCUCUCUGUAUGUGGGUGACCUACAUGCAGAUGUCACUGAGGACCUGUUGUUUAAGAAGUUCAGCACUGUGGGGCCGGUGCUGUCCAUCCGCAUUUGCAAAGACCUGGUCACCCGCCGCUCCCUGGGUUACGCCUAUGUGAACUUCCUGCAGCUGGCAGAUGCCCAGAAAGCCCUGGACACCAUGAACUUUGACCUGAUAAAAGGCAAAUCCAUUCGUCUCAUGUGGUCUCAACGUGAUGCCUACUUACGGAAAUCUGGAAUUGGGAAUGUAUUCAUCAAGAAUCUGGACAAAUCCGUUGAUAAUAAAGCCCUUUAUGAACAUUUUUCAAUUUUCGGGAAGAUUCUAUCCUCUAAGGUGAUGAGUGAUGAUGGAGGCUCCAAGGGUUAUGCAUUUGUGCACUUUCAGAACCAGAAUGCUGCAGACAGGGCCAUUGAAGAGAUGAAUGGGACACUAUUCAAGAACUGCAAGAUGUUUGUUAGCAGAUUCAAAAGCCGUAAAGAUCGAGAAGCAGAACUUAGAAACAAAGCAAAUGAAUUCACCAAUGUUUACAUCAAAAACUUUGGAGAUGACAUGGAUGAUAAGAGACUGAAGGAAGUUUUCAGCAAAUAUGGUAAAACUCUGAGUGUUAAGGUGAUGACAGACUCCAUUGGGAAAUCCAAAGGAUUUGGCUUUGUGAGUUUUGAUAGCCAUGAGGCUGCCAAAAAAGCUGUGGAAGAAAUGAAUGGGAAGGACAUAAAUGGGCAGUUGAUAUUUGUAGGCCGAGCACAAAAGAAAAUAGAGCGACAGGUUGAGUUAAAGCAAAUGUUUGCCCAGCUGAGACAAGAAAGAAUUCUACGGUGCCAGGGAGUGAAGCUCUAUAUUAAGAACCUCGAUGACACCAUUGAUGAUGAAAAGCUACGGAAGGAAUUUUCUUCUUUUGGAUCAAUUAGCAGAGUUAAGAUAAUGCAGGAAGAAGGCAGAAGUAAAGGGUUUGGCUUGAUCUGCUUCUCUUCCCAUGAGGAGGCUACUAAAGCAAUGAAUGAGAUGAACGGUCGUAUCUUGGGCUCUAAGCCUCUCAACAUUGCCUUGGCCCAGAGACAGGAAGAAAGAAAAACAUACUUCACCAGCCAAUAUUUGCAAUAG